AUGAUGUUGGAUGCGCCGAUUCCAUUGAGUUCAAGAUAUAGCUAUCACACGAUCUUUAGCGACAUAUGCAAGACAAGGUUUAACCAUUUAGCGACGCGAAUGUGCUCUACAUUCACUAUAUUCCAGGCAAUUGCUUUGGCUUUGGUGUCUGGUGGGUCCGGCUCAUAUCUAGAGAGUGCAUUGCUGGUGCCACUGCGAUUUUUACUGUUGUAUCUGUCGUCGCUGCUCGUUAUCGUGACUAGAAAGAAUUACCUACAUGUGCAAUACAGAGGAUAUUCGAACUUGUGGAAACUAGUUUUUGGACAACUGUUCUGUGUGAGGUUUGUCGUUUAUGAAGUGAUACAUUUUGCCUGCAGCUUCGUCGUCUCGCUGGCUUAUAGUGGACUUUUGGGAUCUGAGGGUGCCGGUUCCUCAGCCGUGUUCAAACAAUGCUACAUGUCUUACGUUUGGGUGUUGAUUCCCACAAUAUACACGUUGCAGCAUUGUCUUUUCGACUUGGAUAGACUUUCUUUCAGCUUCGAUACCCAUUUUCAACCUCCACAACGGUAUAUCUCUGCCGGUUGGAGAAGAAUCAUUGUUAAAUGUGCAAUAAUGACUCUGUCGGUCACUUUUGUCUCGCCGUUCUUCUUUGCCCUUGCUGUGUCGCGCUGGUGGAUUGGAUUAGUCAGUAAUUUGCGGCUGGCGCUGCUAUCGUUCGUUGUGUUUAUUAAUCUGGAGUUCAUCAACGUUGCGUUCAACGCGAACAUGUCUAUCGGAUGUCUACACAAGGGGAAGCCCAUAUCAUCGCUGUCAUCGACACCAAUUGAAACUUUGGUUACUGGGUUGAGUUCUCAUAAACCAUUCACAAAGCUAACCGCAUUCCAAGAACUUUCUUAUAGGGCAACCUCGUCGGAUAGUUCUCUGCGACUUCCAAUUUACCAUACGCGUUACAGAAACACGCAUAUAUGGCCGGUGAUACUGCGGGAAUGCCUGGUUACUAUCCAAAACACAAAUGAAAGCGUUACAGGCUAUUUGAAAUCCCUCGAGAAUUUGAAGUUACAAGACAGGUCAAACAAGAGAACCAAGAACUUUUAUGAGAACGACAAAGAGAAGCUGUUCGGUAACCAAGUUGCCGAGGAGCCAGCUGCGUUUUCUUCUUCGCAGCUGAGGUUUCCGGGUUCUCCUCCUGUGACAUCUCAUGAAGCCCAAAAUCGCAGAAUCACUCUCAAGGAUGAUGAUGUAUUAAUUAGGAAAAAAUUUCAAAGCAACGAUAGAAGGCAGUUUCCUUUUGGCAUCAAGAGCCCUCUCGGUGCUGAGCAUGCAUACGACGAACCUAUCAUUACACAUGAAACUACCCUGUUGAAGCUAGCUGGCAUGCUGUUGCGCACAGUAAGAAAUUACAUCAAUCUAUUUUUCUUUCCAUCGGCCAUAUCUUCCCAACAGGAUCAACCACAGGUCUCUAUUAUUGAAGCCUGGUGCAUCUCCAAGAGAAGACAAGCAGAGAAGUUGGUGCCGCAGCCUGUUUGUCAUGCUGAAUGCAUCAUUUCCUUGAUGGGUCUUUUGAUAAACGCCAUAGAGGAGGAUCCCAAAGGCGGAGUCGUCUCAUCUGUAGGAGAAGUGCUAAAGUGCCUUGAAAGAUCGGUUGGCGCGCUAGGUAGGUUUGCUGAUUGGAGCCCUGAAAGUAACAGAAAAACGGACGACGAGGAUGAAGAUAUGCCAGACGUCGUUUCAAUUCUUUACGACUUAUCCGUCAGUGCCUUUCUGGAGAUAGUGCUGAAGUAUAACAUUCUUCUUGACGAAUUAUAUCUUGAUGAGGACGUCGUGAAACUAAGCAAAUGGGUACUAGAUAUGUGCAGAAAUUAG